AUGACAGACAUCACUCUGGGAGUGAGGGGUGAGAACCAACAGCCAUGUUCAGUCAAGAAGGCAGUGUGGGAAGAGAACACAGAAAAAGAAAAGCAGACCUUGGAGAGACAAGAGGCCUACAAGACAGGAACUGCUUUCGCCUCCAGCAGUGAUACUGCCUGGUCGCUGUUGCCAUGGCAGGUGAUCAUCAUCGACAAUGAGUGGUUCCGGUGUCCAGAGGCUCUCUUCCAGCCUUUCUUCCUAGGCAUGGAGUCCUGUGGCAUCCAUGAGACCACCUUCAUCUCCAUCAUGAAGUGUGAUGUGGACAUCCGCAAAGACCAUGCCAACGCAGUGCUGUCUGGUGGUACUACCAUGUAUACGGGCAUUGCUGACAGGAUGCAGAAGGAGAUCACAGCCCUGGCUCCCAGCACAAUGAAGAUUAAGAUCAUUGCUCCCACUGAGCACAAGUACUCAGUUUGGAUUGGCAUCUCCAUCCUGACCUCACUCUCCACCUUCCGGCAGACGUGGAUCAGCAAGCAGGACUGUGACGAGUCAUGUCCCUCCAUUGUCCACGGCAAAUGCUUCUAG